UUCGCUGCGUUCCCCUUAUUCGCCCCUCGCCCCCGCCGUCUCUCCAAAAGUACUCCUACGACUCUCGUCCAGUAUGUUCGCCGCAAUCAGCGCCCUCGUCGUCCUCGUGCCCUUCGCAUCGGCGCUUGUCGUGGAGACCCCGACGGACUGGCAGAGCAGCGCGCCCGCCAACAUCAGCUGGGUCAACUCUGCUGGUGACCCUGAGACGUUCUCGGUCGAGCUGAGAAACCCGGACAUUUUCCACAACUCGUACGCCGUCGGCAACAACAUUCCUUCCAGCAGCGACUUCUUCGCCUUUGGGAUGCCCUCCGUCGAUGUCGGGGGCGGUUAUUACGUGCAAUUUGUCAACAUUUCGAACAUCAACCAGGUCUACGCGCAGAGUGGCGAGUUCUCGAUUGCUGCUCCGCCGGCAUCAUCGUCUGCCUCAGGUAGCACCUCUGCCUCCUCUGCGUCAGCCAGCUCGUCCGGUGCCUCCUCGGCGGCAUCCUCUACGUCCCCUGCUUCGUCUACUGGAUCCAGCUCUAUCGGGUCGAGCUCCUCGACCUCUGCAGCCGGCGCCGCCCAGACCUCGGGCAGCGGCACCUUCAACGGUGCAGCCCGCUUCGAUGCUAGCCUCGGCUCCCUCGCCGUUGCCGGUAUUGCUGCCAUUGCUGGCGCUUUCGUCCUCUAAAGAGAUGGUGUAACGGUAGUACGACGUCUUCUUUGGUUCCAUGGACAGAGUGGGUUGCUUUUAGUACUCGGUAUACCAUGGUUAGUAAUGGACGAGCACGGACUGUACGGACUUCUCCCGCAUUUUGGACUUGCACAUUUACGACUUGCAUCACUGUUUUCAUACUGGAUUGAAUCUACGAUUCUGUCUUGCCGCUCGUUUGCCAGUACAUUGAGAGCCCUUUUAAUGUCGACUGUCGGAAAACCAAUUAUUCGGUCGA